AUGGCUGACCCAGCACCAACAUCUGCUUCCGACCCUGUCUCGUCAUCCGACUCGAUUGGUACGAACGCUUCGUCAUCAUUCGCAACGACUCCUCCCUCGUCCUCAGAAACCAUCACCGUCACCCGCACAACAGACUCCUCCUCCACUACCAGGUCGACCUCGUCGUCGUCCUCAACCUCGACUUCGAGCACCGUAAGUUCGACCACGACCGAUGCGCCGACAUCUUCGUCGAGCACCUCUCGGCCCAUCCCCACUUCCUCGUCGUCCUCCACUACUCCGAGCAGCAGCUCGAGCACCACCACCCCGACAAGCUCGUCCACUUCAAGCACGCCCUCAAGUACGACAACGAGCUCGUCGUCCGAACCCACAACCUCGUCCACGAGCACCGAACCGACAACCUCGUCCACAAGCGCAACACCCACCUCGACAUCAUCGUCCAGCUCAGCCGUUCUGACCUCUUCUACCUCAUCGCCCAUCUCGUCAACAUCAUCGUCUUCUGCACCACCAUCCCCAUCCUCCUCUCGGCCUGAUCCUUCGCCAAGCAGUGAAUCUGCCGUCUCGACUUCAACAUCCCUCACGCCAUCGGUGAUCACCACUCAGACCUCUCUGACAACCAUCACCCUGCCUAAUGGUCAGACGUCGACCUCGACCGCCUAUGCCGUCACCACCGCCAACGGCCAGCUGAGCGGCAACAGCAGCAACAACGGUGGCUCGUCCGGCUUCUUCAGCAACUCGGGCGCAGUCGGCGGCACCUUCGCCGUGGUGGGUCUGGUGUGCGCCGCCAUCGUCGCCGGCAUCUUCUACAUGCUGUGGAAGCGUCGCAAGGCGCAGAAGAUGGAUGCCGACGUCGUUGCCGCCGCCUCGGCCGCUGCGGCUAUUACCAGGACGCCCUUCGACGACGACGACCCGGAAAUGAUCGAAGACCCCAGCUACGGCACGGGCGCCACCGCUCUUGGUGGCGCUGCUGCAGGUGCCGGAGCAUACGGUGCCUCGAACGCCAUGAUGCAGCAGUACUACAACAACUACGGCCACUCCAACGAGGGAUACGAGCCCAGCCACCUGUCGGGCGGAACGGCUCCAGGUUACGCGGGCAUGGGCGCUUACGGCCCCAUGGCCGCGGGUGCUGCCGCCGGCGGUGCUGCCGGAUACUACGCCGCAGGCACCGAUGGAUCGCACUACUACGACAGCGUUCCCACUGGAAUGAGCAACGAGGGCGCUUACGCCGGCAUGGGCUCCAUGGGCCACGACAACGGAUACAGCCAGAGCGCACACGACGACCCGUACGGCGCCGGCAGCGGCGGUCACGGCUACAGCAACACCGGCGCGCCCCAGCUCAACUGGGCACCCGGUGCCUCGCCGCCGCUCGAGUCGGAGAUGUACGCUGCGCACGCCCCGCCAGCUCAGGGAGGCGGCAACAUCUUCGCCGACCCGAGCAGCAGCAGCAACGAGACCGACGGCCGCAUCGACAUGAGAGCGCAUGAGGCCGGCUCGGCUGUGAGCCUGCGCGACGACCAGGACUACGGUCGCCGACUGGCCGUCCGCAACGGCGAGAACUGA